AUGUCAGCAGUAACAACUACAAUCACUUCAGGCUUUUGUAAUCAAACAGAAGUAAUGCAGCGGGCCUCUGGUGGUCUUCCUGGUAUACUUGGGAGUUAUUCCCAUUGCCCUGUUAACAACACGGUGCAGUUUUGUAUACUCUUUCCAAGAUACUCUGUGUGGGGGAAUUCCCGUCUACUUGGAUAUUGUUUACCCACACAAUGUACACUAAUGGAUAUUGCCCAGCAUGUGUUGGCAGAUCCACUGUUAAAUACCACUUUUAGUUAUGGGGAUUUAUUAACAUCUUCACCUAUCAAAAUGAAAGACGCAUUAGCGCAAUAUAUAAAAUGUGCUUCUCAUUCAUCUUUAACAUUUCAGGUUCAUUCACAGAAUAUUGUUUCCUGGACGAUAUUAGGUUUUAUUAUAUUAAUCGUCCUCUUAGCCACUUUAUAUGAUUACUAUCGAAGAGUGACAACCCGAAUUAUACCAUUUGAAAUAGUGAAAAUGGGAAAUGAUGGGGGUGUUGUGCGAGUUUUGCCAUCCCCUAGUCUAACAAAUACAGUAUUCAGAAGUGAAAAUAGUCGAACAUUAAUAUCUUCUUAUGAUUAUGAAUCCUUUAAUCAUUAUCGACAGCAACGAGAAGGAGAAGAGGAAGAAAAAAAACAACAUCAACAACAACGAAAGAGGGAACUUUCUUUUCCACCUAGUUUCUUUCCAAGUAUAUCUCAACCUCUUCUUUCUACAAGAGGAGAUAGUAUUACAGAUAUUAACAAUAAUAAUAAUAAUAAUGAUACUACUAAUGACGUUAAUUAUCAGUUAAAUACAACAUCUCCUUUAGAGACAGUGGGAAAAGAGACUAUAGUAGUGAUGGGUCCGAAUUCUAAAUCAUAUUGUGAAUCUUCUUUCAGUCAAAAGGAAACACGAGUGAAUAUUUCCACAGGACGAACAACAACAAGAAAAAAUACAUUAGAUAGUGGAGUUGAAAGAACUACAGGAAUUCUUCCAGAUUUUAAUAUUGAUGUAUUUUGGUCUAAAAGACGUAUGCAGCAGUUACUAGUAGAAAUACCAGAUGUACCUGAUUUUCAUUCUAUUGUAAAUCAAAUAGUACUUUGUCUUUCAUUAAUAAAUAGUUUUCGAAAGUGGCGAUAUUAUCCAAAAUCUGAAGCCAAUCUUAAUUUAUUUAAUAGUUGGCGUGUUCUUGCAUGGAUGUGGAUAAUGUUAUUUAGUAUUUUUUGGUAUUCCCAACAAAUUCCUACUAUAGAAAAUGUAGGAUCACGACAUUCUAACUUUCUUUAUGCCUUUUUUGAAAAGGAAGCUUUUGCUGGUUUUGCUGUUAGUACUUUUCUUGUUAUUGCUGGUUUUCUCGCCCUUCAUCGUCUUCAUACUUCUGAGGAGGCUUUCUUAUCUUCUCCGACUGCACGAGUACAGAAGCGUCAACGUCGAUAUCGUCAAAUAAUUCAAUAUGGAUUUCUUUGGUAUAUUAAAUAUCUAAUAGCUCGUUUUGUACGUGUGGUUCCUAUUACAUUUUGUAUUUUAGCUCUUUUACCAAAUUUAAUACCAAAUGUUGGAUCCGGUCCAUUUUGGAAACUUUUCAUAGAUGCACCAGCGAUGCAUGUGAAUUGUGUAAAGUAUUGGUGGACGAAUUUUCUUCUUAUUAAUAAUAUACUUCCUCUUGAUUGGAAUGAACGUUGUUUUCCAUGGUCUUACUAUGUAGCAUUAGAGUUUCAACUUUCAGCAUUAGCUCCUAUUAUUUAUAUUCUUGGUAAACACUUACAUCAUCGCCUCUUUUCAGCAUUAUUAUUAUUUGCCAUGAUGACAAGUUCUGUAUUGCGAUAUGUGGAAUUAACACGUCAAAAAACAGUUUCUUUCACUUUUAGUUCUAUUUCACAUUAUUCACUUCCUAUUGGGACAGUUUAUCAAUAUCCACAUCUUAUGUUUAUUCCAUUUUGUGCUGGAGCUAUGCUUUACUAUUUAUAUAAAGGAGUUCAAAGACGUGCAGAAAUGUUACGUAUGUUUGGAUCUGAUCUUCUUUCAGUUAUUCAUCGUAUUCAAGAUGGUGCUUUAGUUGAAGAUAGAUUAAGUUAUUGGUUAUUAGAACAAUUACGUAAAAGACGUAUACGUAUUCUCUUUUUAUGGAGUGGACUUUGUAUAACCCUUACAUGUAUAUUAAGUGCAUGGGUAGUUCACCGUGAUGAAUACAGUGGAGAAUUUAUUCAUCCAGGUGUGAAAGUAUAUGAAUCUCUUAUUCUUUUCCCCUGGUGUAUUGGUCUUUGUCUCUUGGCUUUACCGCUUUUAUUUGGAUAUGGUGGUAUGUUUCGUCGUAUUUUAAUUCAUCGUUUAUGGUGUGGACCUUCAAGACUUAUUUUAGUGGCUUAUUUAGUGGCCCCAUUAGUGAUUGGAUUGGGAAAUGCGAGUUCCUAUGAAGUAAUGACAAUGAGUUUUCUCUUAUUAAUGGUACAAUGGUUUGGAUAUACAGUAGCGACGCUAUUGGUGGCGUUUGUAUUUCAUAUGCUUAUUGAACGUCCCUGUUUACAUGUCAGUUCACGGGGAGAAUAUUAA